CGCAGCGCGCUCUCGUUGCUGACGCCGCCGCCACUGCUGCCAGGGAUGCCGGGCGUCUCCGCGCGCGGCCUCUCUCUGGAGCAGAGGAAGCAGCUGGCCGUGAACCUCACCCGUGUGCUGGCGCGCUACCGCUCCAUCCUGGACGCCUACAUCAUCGAAUUCUUCACAGACGACCUGUGGAGAACACUCCCUGGCUCAUGGCAGGAAGCACUGGACGGACUGAACCCGCCACAGCUGGCCACACAGCUGCUGGGGAUGCCCGGGGAAGGGGAAGUGGUCAGGUACAGGUCGGUGUGGCCACUCUCUCUGCUGGCCCUGAAGUCCACAGCCUGUGCCCUGGCCUUUGCCCGGACACCUGGGUUUCAAACCCCCUCCGAGUUCCUGGAGAACCCCAGCCAGAGCUCCCGCCUGCCAGCCCCGUUCCGGAAACACGUGAGGCCCAAGAAGCAGCACGAGGUCCGGAGGCUGGGAGAGUUGGUGAAGAAGCUGAGUGACCUCACAGGCUGCACCCAGGUUGUGGAUAUAGGUUCAGGCCAGGGCCAUCUCUCCCGAUUCAUGUCCCUGGGGCUGGGGCUGAUGGUGAAGAGCAUUGAAGGGGAUCAGAGACUGGUGGAGAGAGCCCAGCGCCUGGAUCAGGAGCUCCUGCAGGCUCUGGAGAAAGAGGAGAAGAGGCACCCACAGGCGGUCCACGCAGGCCCUCGCCACUCGCCACACCACGUGGUUAGGUGGGUGGAGCCCACGGCCCUGUGCGAGGAGCUGCUGCUUCCCCUGGAGACCCUGCCCCAGAGUGGGGCCCGCUUGCUGCUGACAGGGCUCCAUGCGUGCGGGGACCUGAGCGUCGCCCUGCUGAGGCACUUCUCCUGCCCCGAGGUGGUGGCACUGGCCUCAGUGGGCUGCUGCUACAUGAAGCUGAGUGACCCCGGCGGCUACCCGCUGAGUCAGUGGGUGGCCGGGCUGCCGGGCUGCGAGCUGCCCUACCGGCUUCGGGAGGGAGCCUGCCACGCCCUGGAGGAGUACGCCAAGCGGCUACAGAAAGCGGGCCCUGGCCUCCGCACCCACUGUUACCGCGCAGCACUGGAGACCGUCAUCCGGGGGGCCCGGCCUGAGCUUCGGCGGCCCGGCGUGCAGGGGAUCCCCAGGGUCCACGAGCUCAAGAUUGAAGAAUACGUGCAGCGGGGGCUCCAGCGGGUGGGGCUGGACCCCCAGCUGCCGCUGAAUCUGGCUGCCCUUCGGGCCCACCAGGCCCAGGAGAACCGAGUGGUGGCCUUCUUCAGCCUGGCCCUGCUUCUUGCCCCACUAGUGGAGACGCUGAUUCUGUUGGACCGGCUGCUCCACCUUCAGGAGCAGGGCUUCCAUGCUGAACUCCUGCCCAUCUUUAGUCCUGAGCUCUCUCCCAGAAACCUGGUUCUGGUGGCUACGAAGAGGCCCCUGGGUGAAGCCUUCUCUCUUCUGGAGACUGAACACAGCUGACAAACCCCAUCUGAGACCACCCAGGCAUCACACUCACCCAGAGAACCACCAAUCUCUAUCCCUGGAACCCUGAUUUCUCCCUCCAUGUGUUAACGUGGUAUGAUGUAAAAAUUUAUUUUUAAUUUAUUAAAUAAGUGAAAUCUUC